UGGUAACCGUGGCUGAGUCUUGUCCGGUGCUUGCCUUCGUUAGAAGGACUUGCACUGACUGGGCUGAGACCCUCCAACAGCCUCGUGGACGCCUGCUUCCCGGAGCCUGGCGCGCGGCCCCGCAGCGUGCGCGCAGCCCUAGCCCCCGCGCCAGGUGUGCGCCGCGCCAGGAGCGCAGCGGAGCGCAGGCGGCCCCCAGACCCCGCGGUCCCGGGCACGGGGGCGGGCUGGGGGUCUCCGCCGUCAGCGCCCCGCCACCGCUCGCUCCCGCGCACCUCCCACCCCGCCCCCACUCACCGGCUCAGCCCCCGGGAGCGCCGAGCAGGACGCGUGUUGCUUCGCCCAGCGAUCGGCAGAAGUUGGGAGAGUUGCCGUCCGCCUCCCGCCUGCCGGACUUCGGAGCCGCUGCUCUCGUCGGCGAGCCCGCGGGGCCGCCUCCCUCCCUCCCGCCCAGCCCGCCGCGCAGGGGAGAGGGGCGCGGAGGGGGUCGUGAGCGCGACCAGAACUUGCAAGUGUGCGAAGGGAUGCGAGGCAGAUGAAGAGCGAGGAAACGUGAACAAAGUGGCGACCGCAGGAGGGACUCCACAGAGCUCGAUUGUCGCGGAGGACGCUCGGGGAGAGGGGCUGGCUGGGAUUUUUCCCCCCUCCUCUUGCAUUCUUAGGCUCUCUUUUAAAGCCACAUCAGCCGUCUCUCGUUCUUUACUAUCUCGAAUCCCCAAACCCUUGUUGGCUCUUAUGGGCAUGAAACACUCCUCCCGCUGCCUGCUCCUCCGGAGGAAAAUGGCGGAGAACGCAGUCGAAAGCACCGAGGUGAGCAGCGCCCCCCCUCAGCCCCCUCAGCCUGUCAUUCCAGCCAAGCCUGUGCAAUGUGUCCACCAUGUAUCCACACAGCCCAGCUGCCCUGGACGGGGCAAGAUGUCCAAGCUGCUGAACCCCGAGGAGAUGACAUCGAGAGAUUACUAUUUCGACUCAUACGCUCACUUUGGGAUCCACGAGGAAAUGUUGAAAGACGAGGUGAGGACACUCACGUACCGGAACUCCAUGUACCAUAAUAAGCAUGUGUUCAAGGACAAAGUGGUUCUGGAUGUUGGGAGUGGCACAGGGAUCCUUUCCAUGUUUGCCGCCAAAGCAGGGGCCAAGAAGGUGUUUGGGAUUGAAUGUUCCAGUAUUUCUGACUACUCGGAGAAGAUCAUUAAGGCCAAUCACCUGGACAAUGUCAUCACCAUAUUUAAGGGCAAAGUGGAGGAGGUGGAGCUGCCUGUGGAGAAGGUGGACAUCAUCAUCAGCGAGUGGAUGGGCUACUGUCUGUUCUACGAGUCCAUGCUCAACACCGUGAUCUUUGCCAGGGACAAGUGGUUGAAACCUGGAGGGCUUAUGUUUCCAGACCGGGCAGCUUUGUACGUGGUAGCAAUCGAAGACAGACAGUACAAGGACUUCAAAAUCCACUGGUGGGAGAAUGUCUAUGGCUUUGACAUGACCUGCAUCCGGGAUGUUGCCAUGAAGGAGCCCCUGGUGGACAUCGUGGACCCAAAGCAAGUGGUGACCAAUGCCUGUUUAAUAAAGGAAGUGGACAUUUACACUGUGAAGACGGAAGAGCUGUCCUUCACGUCUGCCUUCUGCCUGCAGAUCCAGCGCAACGACUAUGUCCAUGCCCUCGUCACCUAUUUUAAUAUUGAAUUUACCAAGUGCCACAAGAAAAUGGGUUUUUCUACAGCCCCUGAUGCCCCCUACACCCACUGGAAGCAGACUGUCUUCUACUUAGAAGACUACCUCACUGUCCGGAGAGGGGAGGAAAUCUAUGGGACCAUAUCCAUGAAGCCAAAUGCCAAAAAUGUGCGAGACCUCGAUUUCACAGUAGACUUGGAUUUUAAGGGACAGCUGUGUGAAACAUCUGUAUCUAAUGACUACAAAAUGCGUUAGCACACGUGGGAAGCUGCGGAGAGCGAGCGAGAAGAGGCACUCACUUCAGUCUGCCACGCUGCCCCAAGGAAUACUGUUAGGAGGACCACACUCGACAACCAGAGCUUUCCACUCUGCCUUGAAGAUUGGCGAACUUGCCCAGGGCUCUCCUGGGCCCCCGCCAUCACAGGGAGCCUCCAGCUCCUCUGCUCUGCCCCUGGAGCCCUUCACAAAGGCUUUGUUGUGGCCUUCCGUGCUAUGGCUGGGGCUCUGAGGAUGGAAGCCUACCCAUGUGCCCCCAUUGUUCUCCUAAACCGACUCUCUGGAUCUUCCAAGUUUUGCAUGCUGCAGACAUCUAGGACAGGUUACUUCUGCUAGAACCUGGAGACAUAGUGUCUUUGAUAGCAUAAGCCAGAUUUUCUGUCUGUGUGGUGGUGCGUGUGAGUGUGUAUGCGUGUGUGUGUGUGUGCCUGUGUGUGUGUGUGUACAGCAUAUAUAUUAAUUUACUUGCCCACCAACAUCUGUAUAUGCAUGCAUAUACAACUAAGUGGGCAUACUUGGGUGUUCAUUCUGAGUGUGUGUGUGUGUGUGUGUGUGUGUGUGUGUGUGUGUGGUGAGUACGUGUGCCUAGAAUCUAUAUUACUCUCAGAGGAGGUUCUGUUGCUUUUGAAUAGGAAUUUGUUUCGUGAUUAGUUUUCCCCCCAUCCUGAUCCCGUAACAGAUGUUACACAGCUAUGAAACAUUCUGUGGACUAGCUCUGGUCUCGUUCUGACUAGACUGUGGCUCUGAAUCCUGAGCACAUUCCACGGGCUCUGUCGGCGCUCAAUAAACACACAUGAGAAAGAA